GAGAGAGUGGGGUUGGGGGGCUACUGGGGCAGCGACUUCUUCCCUCUUAUUGGCUAGCGAAGUGAGCAGGGGUGGUACGAAGGUCCAGCGACUGCCUGGGAUUGGCGGGCGCUGCAGUGAGUGACAGACAAGGGGGCGAGCUGCGCGACCAGCGGUUUGUUUUUCGGAGCGUUCCUGAGGUGGAGAACGGUGGCCGGACGGAGCGACUGCGGGACUGAGAGACGGGCGGGCGGGCGGGCGGGCCGAGCGGCGCCGCCGAGGCCGGGCUGGGCCGAGCCGAGGAGCGCCGGGGAUGUAGCGGGCCACCCUGCCCAUGCCACAGCGCCCGGCCGCGGGCGGAGCCGGAGCCGGAGCCUGGGGAGGCGGCGGGGGCCCCGAGCGCAGCCCGCGCCCCCCGCGCGGAGCCAGGCCCGCUGCCGUCCCCGCCGCCCGGGCCCCCGGCAUGCAGCUCCGGCUGCGGAGGUGACACUCGGGUCCGAGCCGCCGCCGCCGCCAUCGCCACCAUGGACGAACAGGAGGCAUUGAACUCAAUCAUGAAGGAUCUGGUGGCCCUCCAGAUGAGCCGACGUCACCGGGUGCCUGGAUAUGAGACCAUGAAGAGCAAAGACACGGGUCACCCAAAUAGGCAGAGUGACGUCAGAAUCAAGUUUGAGCACAACGGGGAAAGGCGAAUUAUAGCAUUCAGCCGGCCUGUUAGAUAUGAAGAUGUGGAACACAAGGUGACAACAGUGUUUGGGCAGCCUCUUGAUCUUCAUUACAUGAAUAAUGAGGAUUUGAGAACCACAUGUGAGAAAUCGCUUUCCAUCCUGCUGAAGAACCAAGAUGAUCUUGAUAAAGCAAUUGACAUAUUAGACAGAAGCUCAAGCAUGAAAAGCCUUAGGAUAUUGCUGCUGUCCCAAGACAGAAAUCAUACCAGUCCCUCUCCCCAUUCUGGGGUGUCCAGGCAGGUGCGGAUCAAAGCUUCCCAGUCUGCAGGAGAUAUAAAUACCAUCUACCAGCCCCCCGAGCCCAGAAGCAGGCACCUCUCUGUCAGCUCCCAGAACCCUGGACGAAGCUCACCUCCCCCUGGCUAUGUGCCUGAGCGGCAGCAGCGCAUUGCCCGGCAGGGGUCCUAUACCAGCAUCAACAGCGAGGGGGAGUUCAUCCCAGAGACCAGUGAGCAGUGUAUGUUGGAUCCUCUGAGCAGUGCUGAAAAUUCCUUGUCAGGAAGCUGCCAAUCCUUGGACAGGUCAGCCGACAGCCCAUCCUUCCGGAAAUCGAGGAUGUCCCGAGCCCAGAGCUUCCCCGACAACAGACAGGAGUUCUCUGAUCGGGAAACUCAGCUGUAUGACAAAGGGGUCAAAGGUGGAACCUACCCCCGGCGCUACCACGUAUCUGUGCACCACAAGGACUACAAUGAGGGCAGAAGAACAUUUCCCCGAAUACGGCGUCAUCAAGGCAACCUCUUUACACUGGUGCCAUCCAGCCGUUCCCUGAGCACAAAUGGCGAGAACAUGGGUUUGGCAGUGCAGUACCUGGACCCCAGAGGGCGCCUGCGGAGCGCGGACAGCGAGAAUGCCCUCUCUGUGCAGGAGAGGAACGUGCCUACCAAGUCUCCUAGUGCCCCCAUCAAUUGGCGCCGUGGGAAGCUCCUGGGCCAGGGUGCCUUCGGCAGGGUCUAUUUGUGCUAUGACGUGGACACAGGACGUGAACUUGCUUCCAAACAGGUCCAAUUUGACCCAGACAGCCCUGAGACAAGCAAGGAGGUGAGUGCCCUGGAGUGUGAGAUCCAGCUGCUGAAGAACCUGCAGCACGAGCGCAUAGUUCAGUACUAUGGCUGCCUGCGGGACCGCGCCGAGAAGACUCUGACCAUCUUCAUGGAGUACAUGCCAGGGGGCUCAGUGAAAGACCAAUUGAAGGCCUACGGAGCUCUGACAGAGAGUGUGACUCGCAAGUAUACCCGGCAGAUCCUGGAGGGCAUGUCCUACCUGCAUAGCAACAUGAUCGUUCACCGAGACAUCAAGGGAGCCAACAUCCUCCGAGACUCUGCCGGGAACGUGAAGCUGGGGGACUUUGGGGCCAGCAAGCGCCUGCAGACCAUCUGCAUGUCGGGCACGGGCAUGCGCUCGGUCACGGGCACACCCUACUGGAUGAGCCCUGAGGUGAUCAGCGGUGAGGGCUACGGAAGGAAGGCAGACGUGUGGAGCCUGGGCUGCACUGUGGUAGAGAUGCUGACAGAGAAACCACCUUGGGCAGAGUAUGAAGCCAUGGCCGCCAUUUUCAAGAUUGCCACCCAGCCCACAAAUCCUCAGCUGCCCUCCCACAUCUCUGAGCACGGCCGGGACUUCCUGAGGCGUAUUUUUGUGGAGGCUCGCCAGAGACCUUCGGCCGAGGAGCUGCUCACACACCACUUUGCACAGCUCGUGUACUGAGCUCUUAAGGCACGCUGCUGCCCGCCGCCCCUGCUGCACAGGCAUGGGGCUGCUGUGGGGCUCAGCAAAGCUGCUGCUUCUCCCAGGCAAGGCUGUGGACCAUGGAGCUCCAGUCCAACCAGCGUUUGUCUAUGCCCCUUCCACUGCUGGGGCUCAGAGCCAGGGUGGGGUGGCUGCGGCCUCAAGGACUGGGAGCCCCCAGCCUGCCAGACCCGAGAGCUCCAGCAUCCUAAGCUCAGUGUGGAGGGGAAGGGGCUAGGAAAAGUGUGCAAAGCACUGAGGGCCUUACCCUCAGGGCUGUGUCCUGACACUGCAGUCGGCACCAGAGCCCCAAGGGUCUUGGGGCACAGGACAGACACAAGGGUCUGAAUAGUGUUAACUUUCAUGCAGAGUGUUAUUUUGUUUCUCCUCCCCAUGUCUGGAGACCACCAGGGUGUCUCUGGGCUGGAUGAGCCCACCCAAGCCUGAGGUCAAGCCCAGCAUCCCAAUGGAAGGCAGAGGCCUGGGCUGUGCUCUCCCCAGAGCCCCCAGGCCAGCUUUGCCAGUCCCUGUCCUUUACCAAAGAUGAAUGAAGCAAAUGUUUUGCUGCCUUAUUCAGGGAAGGAGGAGCCCAUCCUGCCUGCUCCCAUGACCCUGCACCCCUCCCCCACCCCCAGCAGGGGCCUGAGAUGUGGAACUCCCCCACUCGAGGUGGGGAGACCCAGUUUUGUCAAUGCAAUUGUCUCUGUUUUACAAGUUGGAGUCACUCUUAUGCUGUACCCAGUUUCUAAACUGGAGACUCUGUGUGCCCUUGGGCUCUGAGUAUCCCUGUUAUGGGCUUGGGCCUUUGGGCUGGAUUGGAAAGAGCUGAAGGUAAUGGCCUUUGUGUUCCUGACCUGGCACCUGUCUCCCCACUGGAGCAGAAAGGAAGAUGAACAGCAUGGUGAGGGCACCUGACCCCACUAGCCGCCCUGAGCCCUGGGCAGGCUCUUCUGGAUAGCCAGGGAAGUUGUAUCGGGUUGUCUGUGAGUUGUGACCCUGCUAGGCCAGAGCCCUCCCUGGUAGAAGGGAGAGCCCAUAUGAUGUCACCAACUGUGUCCCAGACUACCGUCUCUGUUCCUCCUUGGCCAGCCUUGCCCUCCCCCAUGAGGUCUCAGCCCCUUUCCCUUCUUGGAGGAGGAAUGGUAGCAGGGGUCGGGGAGCCAGUAUCUCCAAGCAGCUUAGAGUUGGCCUUAUUUACCUCAGCCUGGGCGCUGGUCCUUUCUUCCGGCCCCUCCCCUCCAAAAUGUGCCUAUUGCUAGAGCUCCUCCCUCCCAAAACCCAGUUCCUUGGGAGUUGUCAUUAAAGGAACAACAACAACAACAACAACAAAGCCAGUGCCCAGGGAUGGGUCUCUCCAGGGAGCUGGGGAUUAGUGCCAGGCAGCUCAUUGCCAGCCAUGCCCACUUCCCCACGGGCACCAGAACAAGCCAAAGCCUUCGUUGUAUGUUGACGAUGCACUUUUAUGAAUGUAGUUUCUAUCGCUGUUUUUAGCCUUUUCACAUCAUGUAAUGUGAGGCCUUGUACUUGUUAAUUUAUAUCUCAGAUCAUAUUUGAUGGUUUUUAUAUAUAUCAAUUCUAGAUUGUUACAGGUGAUGGACGCCUCGAGAGAGAGAAGAGAAAAUGAAAGCAGCUGGUUUUGCGGGAAUGUGUGCUGCACGGUGCCAGUUGGGCCGAGGCCCCUCUGUUUCCAUCCUUGUCCGUCAGGGGCCUGUCAGGCACCUCCAGCCCAGCCCUGUGAAGACAGUGAGCAAUGUGCUCCUGUCGCCACCUCGGCCCUUGCCCAGGGUGGGGACUGGCCCCUCAUCUUGACCAAAGCUGCCAGAUGGCAGCUCGGCCUCUCCACGACCCCGUCCUGACGGCUGCAGCACUCUUCUUGGGCCCACAUCCCUGUGCCCAGUCCCUGUGCCCCAAGAGGAAACAGAGCACAGUGCCCUUGCCGCAAGACGACUCUGUGUGUCCCAGCUUCAGGCUCUCACAGAGCCCCACGCCCCGGGGUCUUACCUCACAGGGAAUGGGUUUUAAAAGUGAAUUUACAAACAAGCCGACAAACGCUGCACUCCAAAAAACAAAAGACCCUGACUUUUUUGUGCCAAAAACUGUGGACAUGCUGGCUCAGCAUCCUCAGGACCAAGCUGUUGCUUAAUUUUAAUUUAUUGUCUUUAUAUUAAUUAACCCAGAUGACAAGUUGUGGGCCUAGGACAGCCUGGGCCCAAAGAUUCUGAAAGGCAGCCCCCUAGCAGCCCCAGGCUUGCUGUGGGAAGGGCCAUGCUGCCAUUUGCUCAUCAUUCCAUGGGCUAUGCCAGCCUUGGCCAAACCUUCACGGAGAGGUCAAGGCUGGGGACGGUCCACACCCUGCCACCCUCCUGCCCCUCCCAUGCCCCUCCCGUCCCCCUCACUCUGUGUCUGUGUCUGAAUUGUGGAUCGUGCAGAAGAACCUGCAGCCAUAGUUAUUUGACUAUAUCUCGACCGAGGGCUUGCAGUGCAAAGCCAGGCCAGUGUCGCGCAUUACUUACAAUAAAAGGGAUCAUUUAUACCCAAGGGGUCCUGUGGAAAUGCUUUUGGUUGAGGUGUGGAGUAGGUGUUUGCCUGGGAGGAGCCAGCUAUGGUGCCCGACAACCAGCUUGGGUCCCUCAGCAGGAAAUUUGACUCCAAGAGGGGUCCUAGGAGGGGAUGACUUGACUGGUACCACUGUUAGCUCAGAGGUGGCUCCCCUCUUCCCCCCACUCCCAGGAGCUCUGCUGAGGGUGCUUCUAUCGCAGCUGAUUAUCAAGGUGGUAUACUACUGUCAGCCCCACCUGACCCAAGUGUCACCACUGGCUGGGUUCCCAGGACUUUUGUGGCCAUCUAGUAGUCAUCCCGCUGCAGGUAUGUACUCCCCAGAGCCAUAUCCUUGCAGGGCAGAGUUCAGGUACCUCCAGGAGCCACCUCUCUGGCAUCUCCCCCUGGUCUGCCUGCUGCUGGUGCUUAGCUCAGAGCCAGGAGAGACUGUCCUUGUCCCCACCUGAGACCUCCAGUGCAGAAUUUGGGCCUGCUUUGCAUGAGGCUAUCAGCUCUCAUGCUGAGGACCCAGUGCCAACUCUGCUGAGUGGUAGCUCUACUGCUUCGAGGGGCAGGGUCCACCCCAACACAGCACAGUGGCCCAUCUGCCACUGGAAUUUGAGUCCCAGCUUCCUAUCCUGUCCUAUGGCCACGAGGUCAUUUAGGAACUUGAGUUGUAUGGGGUGGUGGCAGCAAAUCCCCCAGGAGUCAGCCCUCUUGUUCCAUCAGUUCAGGUAGCCCACAGGCAGUUUGGGGGAAAUCAGGACAGUUGGGUCUGAGACAGGACAACCCAGAUUUCCUGCCUGUAAUCCGCUGGGGGUGGGGUGGGUCUCAGUUCCUCCAAGCUUGCAGUAUUCGCCCUGCUGUAAACUGGUGUCCCUCAGAGCAGCACAGGAGCUGUUUCUCCUUGAACUACAUGGGAGUGACCAUGGCUGCCCCACUCCCCAGAGCUUGAAAAAGCAAGGGGAAGAUAACAGAUGGGGAAGGGCACAGAGAACCAGAAACCCUUUAACAGCACUUGCUGAAUCUGCUGGUUUCCACCAGCCUUUGUUGAUUUCUAGGGCAAAGGGGGUCUAGGCAAGGACAAGAAGGGUUCUGCCUUGCAAUAAUAUACUUAAGUGCAGUGAGGCCGGGCUCCACAUCACCUGCUGAUGGCCUGACCUCCUCCUUCUUCUUUUUUAAUAGGCUCCACACCCAAUGUGGGGUUUGAACUCACAACCCUGAGAUCAAGAGCCACAUGCUCUACCAACUGAGCAAGCUAGGCACCCCAGCCUGACCUCAAUUUUUCAACCGACGUGGAGUUUCAGUUUUAAAGCCACUCUGGGUACGACAGCAUGGACACCUGGCUGUUGAAAAAGGAGCACCCCCUUUUUCUCAGGCUGGCUGGUAUUUCCCUGACACCCAUUUCUCAGCCCCAUCCCACCCCAAUCAAGUCCAGGAGUGCUCUAGGCUGACCAUGUCCCCUGUCACCUCUACAUGACUAGUCUGUAUCUUUCCUGCCACAAAGCCCCCCAUCAGGCCACAUAAUACAGAGUCAGGAUCUGUUAAAACAUGUUUAAAACAGGGUUGAUCGCAACAGUCAGAACCGGCAGCAAUAGGGGACAAGAGGAGGGGAGCAUGGCCAAUGCCAGCCCCCACCCAGCCAGUCUCUGUGGCUCUCAGCCUGGCGGUGCUUUAGCUUCCGCUUCUUGACUCCGGUGGUGCAAGAUGGGUCCCCAGCCCCACUGGGCAUGCCCUGCCUCGCCUAUGGGGCCGGGGGGGGGGGGGGGGGCAGGG